AUGAAACAAAAAAACGGUUACUCAACCGAACCGCCAACAAAGAAACAAAAGACCCAACAGAAAACAACAGAGACAAUAGAGAUUGAACCAAAUAAUACAGUGUACGUAAAGAACCUAAAUGAUCAGAUAAAGAUUCAAACAGUACGAGAGAGUUUAUACAUGCUGUUUGCCACUUAUGGAGAAGUAAUAAAGGUUUCAAUGACCCCAAAACAGAGAGGACAAGCGUUCAUAACGUUCAAGAGCGUCGAUGAGGCAAACCUAGCAUUACUUUCCUUGAAAGAUGAACUGUUCUUCAACAAGCCAUUAGUAUUACAGUUCAGUAAGCAAACUACAACCAAGCUGUGA